CUUCUUAAUUCCUUUGCCAAGAAACAAAAUCAGAACAGAGAAGUAUUAGUAGUUCUAAAAUUCAAAUACCGAGGGAUAUAACUCGAACAAAAAAAAACAUAGGCCAUCAGAUACAGAUAGUUUCUUCCGAAACCGAAUAGAAGGUUCUGCAUCUUCAGGAAUCGAAUCGUCCUCAGAAGCAAGCAACAAUGGCGGCCAUUUCACCUUGGCCAAACAAUCCAAGCCCUAAUCCUAAUCCUAACCCUAAUUCUACUUCUUCUCCUCCACCUACUUUUCUGGCUGUUGAUCCAAGCCCCACUCCAGUGCCUUCAUCGCCAUCGACAUCCAUGUCUCUGCAAUCCGAUCACCUUUUCUUCGAUUCCAAUUCUGAAGAACCUGAUUCUCUUUCUCACCCUUCUCUUCCGCCAAUUCGCACUUCACUUCCUCAAAACCCUAGUCCUAAUCCCACUUCACCUGAUUCCUUAUCUUUUCAAACUCCCACGCUUCUUCAUAUUUCGUUUAAUCAAGAUAAUGGCUGUUUCUCAUCUGGUACUGAUCGAGGGUUUAGAAUCUACAAUUGCGAUCCUUUUCGUGAGAUUUUUAGGCGGGAUUUUGAUCGAGUUGGAGGUAUUGGAAAGGUUGAAAUGCUCUAUCGGUGUAAUAUUCUUGCGUUAGUGGGUGGUGGACCUGAUCCUCAGUUCCCUGCUAAUAAAGUUAUGAUUUGGGAUGAUCAUCAAUGUAGGUGUAUUGGGGAAUUAUCAUUUCGGUCCGAAGUUCGUGGGAUUCGACUUCGUCGUGAUCGAAUCAUUGUGGUUUUGGAGCAGAAAGUGUUUGUUUAUAAUUUUUCCGAUUUGAAACUUAUGCAUCAGAUUGAAACUAGUGCGAAUCCGAAGGGGUUGUGUGAGGUUUCGCAGUCAGCAGGAAAAUUGGUGUUGGUUUGUCUUGGAUUGCAAAAGGGGCAAGUUAGGGUUGAGCAUUAUAUUUCUAAAAAGACUAAGUUCAUCAUGGCUCAUGAUUCGAGCAUUGCUUGUUUUGCUUUAACUCAAGAUGGAGGCCUUUUGGCUACUGCUAGCUCGAAGGGGACGCUUGUUAGAAUCUUUAACACUUUUGAUGGUACAUUGCUACAAGAGGUAAGAAGAGGUGCAGAUAGAGCAGAGAUCUACAGCUUGGCCUUUUCUACAACUGCUCAAUGGUUAGCAGUUUCCAGUGACAAGGGCACUGUACACGUUUUUAGCUUGAAAGUUAAUUCAAGUUCCCCAGGCAAUGAGAAUUCAAAUCCUCCUGAGAACAAUGCUGCUGCUACCUCUACUGGUUCAUCUCUUUCUUUUAUUAAAGGAGUGUUGCCUAGGUAUUUUAAUUCAGAGUGGUCAGUUGCUCAAUUCCGUUUGCUUGAAGGUAUCCAGUAUACUGUUGCAUUUGGGCACCAGAAGAAUACUGUUGUAAUUCUUGGCAUGGAUGGAAGCUUCUACCGUUGCAAAUAUGAUCCGGUGAAGGGUGGAGAGAUGACACAACUUGAAUAUAACAACUUUUUAAAGCCGGAGGAACCCUUCUAAUGAUAGUGUAGACGUUCCACCUUUAUAUGUAUAUUAUUGUUGAUGAUUUCUUUCACUGUUUUGCGAUUCAUAAGCCUUCUGAGACAAAAGUACUCAGCAUGUGUAUGUUGUAAAUAAGGGGUCAUGGUUGACGCUCUCUAAUUGGUAAAAGCGCACCCUUAAUAGAAGUAUUUAAAGAUACUUGCAAAGCUAUACCGUCCCAUUUGUUCUUGAAGAAAAACAACGAAACAAGCAUAUAACAAUGUCGGAGGUUGGUAAGGCACUAAGGGCUUGUUUGGCUCAGCUGAAAUGAGAAAGCUCUUAUUUUUUUA